AGGGGCGGUGGGGCCAGAAUGGCGGGCAGGGAGGAGGAAGCGCUGUAUUCGCGCCAAAUGUACGUGCUGGGCGAUGGGUCGCGGCGUCUGGCCGGGGCGGAGGUGCUGGUGUCGGGGCUGCGCGGGACGGGAGCGCAGGUGGCUGCGGCGCUGGUGCUGGCGGGGACCGGACGCGUUGUCCUGCACGAUAGCGGCACCGCCUGCACCUCCGAUCGCGCACAGCAGUUCCUCUUGGGGGAGAGCGACAUAGGUCAGAACCGUGCUGAGGCAUCCCAGCGGGUCCUGGCCGAGCUGAACCCCCGUGUGACAGUGUCAGCACACACUGGGAAGCUGUCAGAGGACUUCCUCACCUCCUUCCAGGUUGUAGUCCUGACUGAGUCUCCACUGGAGGAGCAGCUCCGCAUCGGUGACUUCUGCCAUGCCCACGGCAUCUGCUUCAUCGUGGCUGAUGCCAAAGGGCUGGCUGGACAGCUGUUCUGUGACUUUGGGGAGCACUUCAUCAUCAACAGCCCAGCAGAAGGGAACCCAGCAUGUGUUGCUGUGCAGCACAUCUCCCAGGGCAACCCAGGUGUGGUGACCUACAAGAGGGCAGAGAACAGCCCCCAUGACCUCUUCUGUGAUGGUACCCUGGUGAUGUUUUCUGGUGUGGAGGGGAUGACAGAGCUGAACGGCCGGGACCCCAUCCCUGUGCGCGUGCUGGAUGACUUCAGGCUGGAGAUUUGUGACACCAGCUCCUUCUCACCCUACAUCCGUGGGGGGCUGGUUUCACAGGUUUGUCUGCCCCAGGCACACUCCUAUGAGCCCCUGCGCCAGGCGCUGGUGGAGCCCAAGAUCCAGGUGGCAGCUCUCCAGGAGCUGCCGCGCAGCCUCAGCCUGCAUGCUGCCUUCCAGGCCCUGCAUGCAUUCUGCAGGGAGCAGGGUCGCCUGCCUCGGCCCAGGGCACCAGCGGAUGCUGAACAAGUGCUGGAGCUGGCACGGAGCCUGUGGAUGCAGCAGGGUUCCCUGGACGAAGACCUCGUGCGAGCCUUUGCCAGUGUGAGUGCAGGGGACCUGUGCCCCAUAGCCUCCAUCAUCGGAGCCCUGGCAGCCCAGGAGGUGCUGAAGGCCAUCACUGGGAAGUUCCUGCCCCUGGACCAGUGGUUGUACUUAGACGCCUUGGAGUGCCUGGCGCUGGAGGGGGCCGCGACGCUGACGGAGGAGGACUGUGCCCCGAGAGGCUCUCGCUACGAUGGCCAGAUCGCCAUCUUUGGGGCUGCUUUCCAGGAGCGGCUGGCCCAGCAGAAGUACCUGGUGGUGGGAGCUGGAGCCAUUGGCUGUGAGCUGCUCAAAAACUUUGCCAUGAUGGGGCUGGCAGCAGGACCAGAUGGGGACCUCAUCGUGACUGACAUGGACAUCGUCGCUCUCUCCAACCUCCAUCGGCAAUUCCUCUACCGCUCAGUGGAUAUAUCGGAGCCAAAGUCGGUGGUGGCUGCGGCAGCUGUGAAGCACAUGAACCCCGAGAUCAUGGUGACAGCUCACCAGAACCAGGUGGGACCUGCCACUGAGAUGCUCUAUGGGGAUGAGUUCUUCCAGCACCUGGAUGGUGUUGCCAGUGCUGUGGACACACUGGAGGCCCGCACUUACUUGGAGAGACGCUGCUCCCGCUGCCGCACGCCACUGCUGGACUCUGGCACAGAGGGGCCUCGGGGCAAUGUGUUGGUCAUGGUGCCCUUCUUGACUAAGCCACAUGGGCCAGCUGGUGCCUCAGAGGAAAGCAGCUUCCCCUCCUGCACUGUGCACAACUUCCCCCACACCAUUCAGCACACGCUGCAGUGGGCCCUUGAUGAGUUUGAGGGGCUCUUCCAGCUGCCCAUGGAGUAUGUCAACGCAUUCAUGGGAGACCCUGCCUUCUUGGAGCAGCUGCCAGCAAAGAAAGCCCUGCAGAUCCUGGAGCAAGUGCGGGACAGGCUGCGGGAGCGGCCACGGGACUGGUGGGACUGUGUGCGCUGGGCUCGCCGGCACUGGCAGAGUUGCUACCACGACGGCAUCGCCCAGCUGCUGCACUUCUACCCCCCUGAGCAUGAAGCCAGUCCAGGUGUCCCCUUCUGGUCUGGGGACAAGACCUGUCCCCAUCCACUGACGUUUGACCCCGACAAUGACACCCACAUGGAGUAUGUGCUGGCUGCUGCUCGCCUCUUUGCCCAAGUGUACAAAGUGUCACCCUGCAGCGACCGGGUGGCUGCCCAGACCCUCCUCCGCAGCAUGGUCCUGCCACCCUUCACACCCCAGGAGAGACUCCAAAUCAUCACUGCAGAAGAGCAGGAGGAGGUGCAAGCACCUGCUGACCACAUGCGGCGGGUGGAGCUCACCCAGGACCUGAUGCAGCAGAGACAGGAGCUGUUAGCUGAUGAAGAGGUGCAAAUGCCUCUGAUGGAGCCCAUCCGCUUUGAGAAGGAUGACAACAUCCAUGUGGACUUCAUCACAACAGCCUCCAACCUGCGUGCAGAGAACUAUGGCAUCCCCCCUGCCGACUGGCUGACGAGCAAGCGGAUUGCCGGGCGGAUUGUGCCUGCCAUCAUCACCACCACGGCAGCCGUGGCUGGGCUGGCUUGCCUGGAGGUCUACAAACUGGUAUGGGGAUGCCAAGACCUCAGCUGCUAUCGCAACAGCAAUCUCUUCCCAUCCUGCUACCUCCUGCUCCGCUUCCAGCCCCCACCGCCCCACACCUACUGGUACUGCGGACAUGAGUGGAGCUGCUGGGACCAAUUGGAGAUGCAGGCAGUUCGCGCAGAUGGGCAGGAGAUGACGGUACAGGAGGUGCUGGACUGGCUUCAGAGGACAUAUGGCUGGACUGUGAGUGUGCUCCUGUGUGGUUACACCAUGCUCUACAACAGUGAAGACGAUGAGGAAACACAGGCCCAGCUGCUAUCACAGAAGUUAUCAGAGACCCUGGGACAUACAGGAGAGCCGCUGCGGCAGGCACUGGAGCUGAGCUACGUGUGUGAGGAAGAAGAUGCUGAAGCUGAAGAGACUGGUCCCCCUCUCAUCUGCUACUUACCCUGAGGGGGGGGGGCCGCCUCCCCUACCUCCCUGUAAAAGCUGCAGAUGAGCUCUACUACACUGGCCCUCAUCACAGAACCCUUCUGCCUGCUACUGCCUCCAGCUAGGGUGCAGGCAGCCUCCCCCCUUCCUGAUAAACAUUGCUGUG